AUGUUGAAAACAGUUUUAUAUCUUAAAGAUUUCGAUUCAGUCUCAGGUUGGAUACCCGAUGUUGGCGAUGAAAGUGUUUUAAAUCUUGCAAAUGAUGCUGAUUUAGCUAGAAUGAGAGUUGUUGCUCGAAACACAAUAGAAAGAGUAGCACGAGCAGCUAAUCGUGGAUUCGAAAAACGAGUACUUCAGUAUAAUAAUGUUGUUGAGAAUAAUAGAUCAACUGAAGUAGAAACGAGAAUAUUCAACUCAUUAACUAAAGAUAUUGAAAUAGCUGUUCUUCAUCGUAAUACGGUAGGUAGCAUGACUUUAACUGGAGAAUCCACCACGUGGCCAAUCACUAACACUAUUAAACCAGCAAGAUAUUUAAUGGUUGGUUUCAAGAACUUACCAAACUCUCAGAUUAAUAACAAUAAUGUCUUUAGAGUGGCAAUGAACCAAACUCAAGAUCCUUUAAUCCAUAAAGUUCAAGUAAGAUUAAACAAUGAUAAUUAUCCUAACCAACCUUUAACAAUUAAUCCAACCACAAAGGAUUAUAAUGAAUUGUAUAGAAACUAUAAAAAUAUGUGUGAAUUAUUUGGAAAUCUACCUCAGUUUGAAUAUGUAGAUUUUGCACUUAAUCAUCCAAUCUUCUGUUAUGAUCUAUCAGCUCAUCAAGAAGAUCUUUUCAAAACAGGAGUCAACAUAAAUAUUCAUAUUGAAAAAACACAAGGAGAUGUAACUGGUUAUUGUUUACUACUCGAAGAAGCAAAACAUUUAAUUAAAAUAGCAGAUAGAAGAAUGAUAAGAAUUGAAGAUGAUAUAGAGUUAGAAAGAUUUGACGCGAACACAAAGGAAGGUGGAUUUUUACCUUUCCUACUACCUUUAAUAUUUGCUUGUAUUACUGCAGCGGGUGUAGCAACUGGUGGGAUAUCUGCCGCAGUAAGUUCUGCCAGAGAAAAGAAAAUUGCUGCAAUAAAAGCUGCCGACGAAAAGAAAGUAGCUGAAGUAAAAGCUGCUGAAGAACGUAGACACAAUUUAGCAAUGGAAAAGUUGGCAGCAGAAGAAAAGAAAGGUUCAGGAGUGGCAGAUAUAUUAGGAACAAUUAAAGAAUUUGGAAAACGAUUUGGGGAAGAAACCAAGAAAACUGUUAAACAAGGAUUAAAUAAAUUAGUAGAUAGUAUUGACACAGUAGAAGUCAAAGUCAAAUAUAAGGGUAAUGGAAUAUUUUUAAAAAACAUACACACUGGAGAAGGAAUAUAUCUUUCAAAGUAUAAAGGAGAAGGAGUGAUUUUUGGAACAAAAUAA